CCGGAGUGUGACGUCAUCGCCGCGCGCCGGGCAGGUUACGGCGCGUGAUGACGGAAUGGGGGAGCGUUUCCGGAAGCGCUGCCCGGACGGGCUUGUGCAGGACUUCAGGCGCUUCCGCCUCGAGUCGGCACAAUGAAGCGGGAGCAAUAACCGGAAGAGCCGAGGGUGCAAAUUAUUAUAUUGAAAAUCAAUUACAAUGGGAGAUGCUGCAAAACCUUGCUUUGCCAAAAGAACGAAGGAGAGGGGAGUUUUAGAUGAAGAGGAAUUGAAAAGGAACCCUUUACAACACGACUACCACCCCAUGGAGGAUUACGGACAUGGCAAAAAAAUAGAUAUGGGCUUUCAGAAGAAAAAGGGAACACAAGGUCACUGUGGAAACAGUCCUAGAAAAGGACCACAUAGUAUUCUGAUUAGCUCAAAUUCUUUUAAAAACAUGGGUCACAACCAAGGGUUUAGGAUAAAUGAUACCCAAAAAGACCAAAUUAAGAAAUGGAUAUCCGAUGACCAUCGUGGCAAUUCAGACAGCUGGAGAGAGUACAAAUCUACAGUUCGGAUUCCUAUGCUUAACAGGACAAGAAAAGACUCUUUUCAUGAGGUUGAAGGUGCAGGAAGCAGAAAUGUCAGAAGACAGCUUCAGAAAGACUUAAAUGAAGAAAUGUCAGACACACAGAAAGGAAACUCUGAAAUGAAGAAACAUAGGAAACCAAGGAGAGCAAGAAGGACAGAAAAAGAGGAGUAUGAUCAAGAUGACUAUAUGGACGGCCCGGUUAUAGAUGAGUCGAUGCUGUCAGUGAAGGAACUACUAGGGUUGCAGCAGGCUGAAGAGCGAUUAAAGAGAGAUUGCAUUUACAGACUAAAGAAGCGUCCUCGAAACUACCCAACAGCCAAAUAUACCUGCAAAUUGUGUGAUGCUUUGAUUGAGUCGGUGACAUUUGCUCAUAAGCACAUUAAAGAGAAGAAGCACAAGAAAAACAUAAAGGAAAAGCAAGAAGAAGAACUGCUGACUACCCUGCCUCCACCAAUACCUUCCCAGAUACAAGCUAUUGGUGUUGCCAUUGAAAACGUAGUGCAAGAGUUUGGCUUAAAUAAUGAGGAUUUGGAACAAAGACUCAAAAUUAAAACAGCGAUGGAAGAUUUAUUGCACCAGAAAUUGCCAGAUUGCUCGCUAAGGCUGUAUGGCUCCUCCUGUAGCAGGUUUGGUUUCAAAACUUCUGACGUAAACAUUGAUGUCCAGUUUCCAGCCAAUAUGGCUCAACCAGAUGUUCUCUUACUUGUACAAGAAAGUCUGAAGAAUAGUGAAUCUUUUAUUGAUGUUGAUGCAGAUUUCCAUGCUAGAGUACCAGUGGUGGUUUGCAGAGAAAAGCAAAGUGGCCUUGUUUGUAAAGUAAGUGCAGGGAAUGAAAAUGCUUGUCUGACGACAAACCAUUUGGCUACUCUUGGAAAACUAGAACCAACUCUUGUACCUCUAGUGAUUGCCUUCAGGUACUGGGCAAAGCUGUGUUGUGCUGAUCGUCCUGAAGAAGGAGGUUUGCCAUCUUACGUGUUUGCUUUAAUGGUCAUUUUCUUUCUACAACAGAGGAAAGAGCCAUUUCUGCCUGUUUAUUUGGGAUUGUGGAUUGGAGGAUUCUCCUUAAACAGAUUAGUGAACUUCAACCUUAAAGAUGUUGAGAAUGAUAUUGUAGUCUGGGAGUAUAAUCCUGCUGUUGAUGAUGCUGAUUCCCCAAAAGAAGCUUCUCCUAAAAGGGGCAAGGUUCCCUUAGUGUUUGAUUCAGGACACCAGUGUUCAGCACCGGUUGGGCAGCUUUGGGUAGAACUGCUUCGCUUCUAUGCCUUGGAGUUUAAUUUGGCUGAUCUGGUCAUCAGCAUACGACUCAAAGAAGCAGUGUCUCGUGAAUCAAAGGACUGGCCUAAAAAGCGCAUUGCUGUGGAAGACCCUUACUCAGUAAAGAGGAAUGUGGCAAGAACUCUGAACAGUCAACUAGUAUAUGAAUAUAUUCUUCACUGCUUAAGGUCAACUUACAAAUAUUUUGCUUUACCCCACAAAAAACCUACAAAAUCUAGCCCAAAAAAGCCUUUGAAUGUCAAUGAGGAGACAUCACAAAGAUUAGAACCUGAAAAGGAUGCCAUAAAGCAUGAUGCCACUGAUAUGCAAAAUGUAGCUGACAAAAUGGGGCAAGUGGUAGCAACUGAUUGUAUUAAUAUUGAUAGAAGUAUAGACAUGCCUGAGGCAUGUACAAUUGACCCUUCAAAGGUGUUUGUCUCUAAAAGCCUGACUGAAGAAGAACUGGCAGAUGAUAUAGGACAUUUGGGAAUUGCCCAGGAAGAUUCAGACUUUGUAAUUGAAGACAUGAUUUCUGGUGAUAAUGAGGACUCUAAACCAAGCUGUGUAGAGACAGAAAGUGGAAAUGAUGAGGAGGAGGAAGAGGAAGAACAUGACCAAGAUAAGAAAUGGCAGAAAAAUGUGAUCGUUAUUGAUCAAGGCUUGGAUGAAUACAGUGAAAAUGGAGAUCUCCCUAUUCCAGCAAGUGAGCAUGAUGUUGAAACAUACAGUAUUUCAGAGACUGAAGGUGUUCAGAGCACUGUAGUCGCAGAGAGGGAUGAGUUUGGUUUAGAAUGCAAUGUAAUACUCGAUGAUAAAGCUGAGAUGGAUGAGGAGAGCACAGAGGAGACUGAUGAACUGGAUGAUUCCCUUAACAAAUUUGCACCUUCGUUACAAGACCAGAUAUCUGAAAUCAAUAACUCAGAUGAGGAGGGGGAGGAAGAGGAGGGAGAACAGAGUCUUAUCCUAAACCAAGCAGAAUGUGGUGGUAUUGUGACUGCUGAAGAUGAGCUGGACAAUACUUACACUGCAUCUGGGGAUGAAGAUGCACUGUCUGAGGAAGAGGAAGAAUUGUCCAUCUCUGUUAAAUAUGAAGAGACAGAGCUGGGAAAAAAUGUAGAUAAACCUCUAAGGGUAGAUUUGAAUGAAGAGGAUUUUAUAGAAAAAGGAAGCCUUUGUGAAGAGGGCAUACUAAUAGGACAGUUUCUGGAAUCUGAGCUCUUUUAUGAAUUUAAUAAACCUGCUUUCACAAAGGGCAAGUCUCCUAUGGUGGUAUGUAGCUUGUGCAAACGAGAAGGUCACCUAAAGAGGGAUUGUCCAGAAGACUUCAAAAAAAUUGAGCUAGACCCUUUGCCAGCGUUGACACCCAAGUUUUCAAAUAUUUUAGAUCAAGUUUGCAUCCAGUGUUACAAAGAUUUUGCUCCAAAUAUUAUAGAAGAUCAGGCUCGUGAACAUAUACGGCAAAAUCUGGAAAGCUUCAUCAGACAGGAGUUUCCAGGAACCAGGUUGAACUUGUUUGGCUCAUCAAAAAAUGGCUUUGGCUUCAAACAAAGUGACCUUGAUAUCUGUAUGACAAUUGAUGGACUGGAAACUUCUGAGGGACUUGAUUGCAUAAAAAUAAUUGAAGAAUUAGCAAGAGUACUUAAGAAACAUUCAGGUCUAAGAAAUGUCUUGCCAAUAACAACUGCUAAAGUGCCAAUUGUCAAGUUCUUCCAUGUGAGAAGUGGUCUUGAAGUGGACAUCAGUUUAUAUAAUACACUGGCCCUGCAUAAUACAAGACUCUUGUCCUCUUAUGCAGCAAUUGAUUCCAGAGUAAAAUAUCUGUGUUACACAAUGAAGGUCUUUACAAAGAUGUGUGACAUUGGAGAUGCAUCUAGAGGUAGCCUGUCCUCCUAUGCAUAUACUCUUAUGGUGCUUUAUUUUCUUCAGCAGCGAAAUCCACCCAUCAUUCCUGUUCUCCAAGAGAUCUACAAGGAGCCAAAGAAGCCUGAAAUUUUAGUUGAUGGUUGGAAUGUUUAUUUCUUUGACAAAAUAGAUGAGUUGCCAGCCUGUUGGCCAGACUAUGGUUCAAACACUGAAUCUGUUGGGGAGCUAUGGCUGGGACUUCUCCGCUUCUACACAGAAGAAUUUGAUUUCAAAGAACAUGUUAUCUGCAUCAGAAGAAAAAAUCUGCUUACAACUUUCAAGAAGCAGUGGACCUCCAAAUAUAUUGUUAUUGAAGAUCCCUUUGAUUUGAACCACAAUCUUGGAGCUGGCUUAUCAAGAAAAAUGACAAAUUUUAUAAUGAAGGCUUUUAUCAAUGGCAGAAGGGUAUUUGGUACCCCAAUAAAAGGAUUUCCUAAAGAAUAUCCCUCAAAAAUGGAAUACUUCUUUGACCCAGAAGUCCUGACAGAAGGAGAACUGGCCCCAAAUGAUAGAUGCUGCAGAAUUUGUGGUAAAAUUGGGCACUUCAUGAAAGACUGUCCCAUGCGGAGAAAGUUGAGACGACGACAUGAUCAUGAAGAUAUUAAAAACCAAAGGUACAUAGAGAACAACGAGAAAAGAAGCAAAGAGGACAAAGAAAUCCAAAAUAAAACCACAGAAAAAGAUACUUCAAUGAAGGAAGGAACGAUACUAUGUACACCUCAGAAAAACAAACUAGGGAUGGCAACAAUGGACACAGGAAGAGACAAGGCUUCCAGGCAGUCAGCAGAGAAGUGGAAGCGGCAGGAGGACAGGGACUUAAGAGAAAAACGUUGUUUUAUCUGUGGGAGAGAAGGCCACAUUAAAAAGGAGUGCCCACAGUAUAAAGGAGCUGCAGGUGGAUCAAAGUCAGAAAGUCUGUGUGGAUUCCCUUCUUUACCCAGUGCUGUUAAACAUGCUGGAAGACUAAAUCAGGGAAUACUUUUACAUGAGGAAAAGAAAAAACAAAAAGGAAAAGUGUUCUUGAGUCCCCAGACAGGCAGCCUUUCCAGUAAAUACAUGGCUCAGGGAAAAGCCUCACAGAAGAAGACUCAACAGGAAUCAUGAGGGGAUUGAAGAACUCUGAAAUUGCAAUACAGGCCAUCCAUUCACUUAAAAAAUUAGGUUCAUUUUGGCAAAAGCUUCUGGGCUCACAAGACAGCAGCACAAAACAAUGUUCAAUUUAAGUUUAAAGAAAACAUGGUAUUUUAAUUUGAAUUAGAUUGCUAAAAGUCAGAGGCAAUGGAUUUUUAAUGCAGUGCUCCUACCAUGGACUCCUGCUCUUAAUAGAUUAUUUGAACAUUUUAAUAGAAAGCCAUGAUGUCUGUAUUUGUUUACUAGGUAAAACAUGUAGAUAAGAGCAGGUGCUCAUUUUCAAGAUUUUAACGUUCAACCUGACCCUUUCAAAGUGCACCAAAAUUGUGUGCAAGCCAAAUAUAAUGUUUUAUUUUUCUUCAAAAAUUGACUUUUUGAAGGAGGAAAUGUUAUUUAUUGAUGUUGAUUGUUUACUGAAUCCUUGUGUAAAGUGUUUAAAAUGUUUGUGGACUACUACUGAUGUAUUUGCAAACAUUUUAUCUGCAGAGAAUUGAAAACACGAACAUUAGUAAACUUUUUUGUGAAACCCCUGUGGACACACUGCCACCGAGUUGUUUUUUUUCCCUUUGUGAUUUUGAGUUAAUAUGCUGCUGUGCUUGUGUACAGUAAAAGACUAAGAAGCAGGUUAGUCCUGUUUGAUGCUGCUAAGAAUCUUUCCCAUAGCCUAUAAAAUACAACAGACAAAAUUGCUAAAAGGCAGAAAAGAGUGAUAAUCAGCAAUAGGGGAGGGGUGUUACAUGCUUUUCUCUUUUCCUAAAAAGUGAAGAGGAUCCAACUGCCAGCCAAGGAUUUAAUUAACGUUGUCAUCUUAAGAUUUACUUGAAGUCCUUUUGGAACUGGUACUGUACCUUCAUACCCUGUUUGGGAAGGGGGAAUCAAUACAGGGUAAAAAUGAAACCACUGUUAUUUAUGACUUUGAAAUAAAAAAACAAAAGUUAAAA